CAGUCAUGAUGUAGAGUACGGAAUACAUUUCAUGGAUCCUUUUGAAACAGUUGGGAAUUUCAUGAUGCCGACUUAGCAAAUCGCAACAAUGAAUGAGAAGAGGCAUCGGAGGAUCCUCCCUCACCACUCGUCAGGGAGUGGCCACACCUUUGCCUCACCGCGACAAUCAAGCAUCAAGGACCCCAUCCUUUCUAAGCGGGUGUGCUUCUACAAGAGUGGAGAUCCUCAGUUCAACGGCCUACCCAUGGUCAUCAACAACCGCACCUUUAAAACCUUUGAUGCGCUCCUGGACAGCCUCUCUAAAAAAGUUCCCCUGCCAUUUGGCGUCAGGAACAUCACAACACCUCAGGGGGUUCACGCCAUUAAUACGUUGGAUGAACUGGAGGAUGGAAAGUCGUACAUCUGCUCGGACACGCGAAAGGUCAAACCGAUCAAUCUGGCGAAGGCCCGGAAGAAGCUGCCACCCUGGUACCACGCCAGGCCUGUCAGUUCCCGGCGCCGGACAGUGCAGCAGGCCAGGCACUUCCCCGGCCGCAGCAUCCACAAGCAGGAGCCAGUGGUCGUGCGAACGCCAAAGAAGCUGCUGGUUUUUCAGAACGGAGACCCAUCAGUGAAACACACCGUGGUGCUACACAAGAGGAGUUCGCCCAAUUUUGAGUCUAUUCUGGAAUAUGUUUCAGAGCUGAUGCAGUUUCACGUGGUGAAACUACACACACCUGAUGGCAGACGUGUCGACGGUCUUCCGGGCUUGAUAAUGUGUUCUGGGACUGUAGUGGCUGCAGGCAGGGAGCCUUUCAAAUCUGCAAACUACAAUACACAGAAAUCCCCAGCUUCGACACAACUUCCUACCAAACGAGCGGGUCUGAGGAGACUGAAGUUGUUAAAACGUAAAAAGAAGUCCCUUUCACAUUCGUCAAAGUCAAGAAAAUUCUCCCCAUCAUCUGAACAGUACAUCGUGAAUCAAAUCCAUGACUCCAUGGCAGAGAGUUCGUGGGAUGACCACCUGCCCAACAACCCUGCAAACUCUGACGACUUUGAGUCGAGCCACAUACUGCAGUCAAUAGCAGAAUCUGAGGGCAGCACCUGUCUGGGCGAUGGACCCGAGGGGCAGGGCGUCGUCCUUCCUACUGAGGACGACAUCGAGAAAUCUUUUUGUGUCAAUCAGGAUGGCAGCAUGACAGUUGAGAUGAGGGUACGCCUCACUAUUAAAGAGGAAGAAACCGUCCGCUGGACGACUACCGUCUCGCGAUCAAGUGUAGCCAAUCAGCUUAAUGCGAGCUGUUUGGCAGAGGCUGAAGCAGAGCAGGAAAUCUGCUCAUCUAAUUCAGAAGCACUGGAUUUACAAAGCUCUACAUCCUCUAUUGACAACUUCAACAUGGACAAAAUUAAACACGGCAAUGAUAAGGAUUUCCCAUACGUGGGCAACAGUAUCAGUGAGAAGAGUAAUGAGGACGGUGUGGUUGGCUCUUACUCCUACAAUGAACAGAUAGAAAAUGGAGCCGUAACAGAGCAGUACUGUUUGGUCAAACAGAGCACCACUAGACCAGUACCUAAACCCAGAAGACUUAGUUCUCUGGAUGCAAGUAAUGUACAAAGCAGGAAUAUAUCUACAUUCAAAUCAGCUGGGAUGACCGAGAUCCUACAGGUUGGAUCCAGCGGGGAGGAGGUUACUGAAACGGUCUUGCACAUAUAUGAACAGCAGACAUGCCAGGAUAAUUUCCUAGCUAAUAUGUGUGCACAACACAUGUCAGCUGCUAGGAUACCCUUUGGUAGACCUGCAACUUCAGAAACAGGAAAAAAUGACUUUGAACCUGAUCCGUGGAGACCUUCAACUGCAUCCGAGUCCAUUAGCAUCUGGAGAACUGAGAAGACAUCAGUACCAUCUGAUUUAACCUUGUCAUCAAUGAUGACAAAUCAGCAGCAACAGUUCACUAAAGGCAAAGACAAGCCUGAACAAAGCCAGGUCAGUAAGGGCAAGAGGUUAUCACCGAAACCCAGAGUGAUCAACAAACGUGUUCGCCGACUAUUAACACCAGUAAAAAGGCGAAAAGGGAAUUCUGCAGAAGAAAUACGUACCAAAGUGAAAACCUUCUCAAGUGCCGAGCACAUAAAUAGAAUAUAUGGGAAUAAAUCAAAACGCAAAAUGAAACCCAAAAAGAAACCAACACAAAUCGGUAACAAUGGUGUUACAAAACAGAACUUGCAGCCAUUGGAUGACAAAACAAAAAGUACUCUCAAAAACCUAAACAUACCAUCACCACUGACAGAAAAUGCAAGUGAGACAGCCUCUUUAGAAACAAACAGGCUGAAUGUUUCUUCUAACAAUGUGAGCCAGCUGAGGGGAACACUAGUACGGCAGACAUCACUGCAUCAGGGUGAAAAUAAGUCAGGUGAUAUUAACAAAAGCCCAGGGCUGCCUCACUCCUCUAGCUCCAUUACUAAUGAAUAUGUACAGAAAUGGCUGGAGAAAACCCACUUCAACCCUACUUUCUACCCAGAUGUGGAAAAUAAAACAUUAGAGGCAGCUAUUCUUGCACAAAAGGAAAAUAGCAGUUGUGAGAAGUCAGAACAUAACCAUGGGUUGAUCACUGCUGCAGAGGAAGGCAAGUGUCUCGUAGAGGAAUCUGUAAUACAACCAUGCCAAAGUUCUGAAUUUGAUCCAAUGUUCAAGAACUAUUUGAGAUCCUCUGUUAGACAAAGAAUUCUGCAUUUUGAAAACAAAUCAAAUCAUUCACAAGAGAGAGCUGCAGGGACCCAGCCAGAGGAAAUUGCUCUUGGUCAUGCUACCACUGCAAACACAGAAAAUCACACCAGUGUAGCUCAAAAUGAUACAGAGGAAAUAAAAGCCUGCUUGAAUGAUACCGGUUAUGAAAUUAGUCCAGAAAUGUCGUCAGGCACUACAAUGGAAAAUAAAUCAAGUCCAGUCAAAUCUGCUUCAAAUAUUCUAAUGGACCAACUUCUGUUACCACCACCACCUGCUGAGAUAGCAGAGCUAUCAAACACUGAACAUUGCACGAUGGAUGUGUCUUCAGUGGUUAGCAGCCCGUUUUACAGGCUUUCAUCGGUGAGCAGUCAAAUGUCAGAACAUCAGCCAUUAUCCAUCAGUUCUACAUCUGUCAAAGCCAUAUCACCUGAUGACCACACAAUGGAAACAAACACAUCACAGGAAGAAGCAACAUUAUCACGAACACCAUCAAUCAAAAGGGCCCUAUUGGCCAGCGAUCAAUCUUUUGAAAGAAAAAUGUCUCUCAGAAAGGCUUCUCUACAAAGAUAUACCGUAGGUUCUGAUACCAAAGAUGUAACUCCCAUCAACGCAGUAGGCGAUGAUGCCAAUGUGCUGCCAAAUGGUAUCAGUUCAGGGACUCUCUUGUUGAAAUGCAACCCCACAUGUUGUACUUCUGCAUCUCCAAGAAGUAUAACAUCUGGAGAGAGAAUGUCCUCUGUCAACAUUUUAUCAAGUGACGAUCCAACACUAGGUGAUAUUCCAUCUACAAAAACAAAAAAUACUAAAACACAGACUCAGAAAGAAGCAUCAUCACCUAAACCACAAGGGAAAAAGGUAAUGAGUAGUCCAUCUCAAAAAAGAAAACCCCAAAGUGAUAAAACAGCCUCUGAACUUGCCAUUGACUCAAAAAGGCCAUUACAUAACCAGCACUCUGAUAAAAUUAUGUCAAAAAAUGUCGGAAGGCAAACACAUGCAACACCCACUAAAGAGAAAAGGAAGACGCUAUAUGAAGAUAAAAUGCAAAAGAGACCAUCUCCAUAUUCUCAGUCCCUGGACAUGACAUCACCUCCUGUCCGACCCAAGUCAACUACAAUUAUGCUUUCCAGAAAGGUUUCGUCAGACAAUGCAUCAGAAUCUGAGAAUAGCACAAAGAGGAAAACAUCAUCACAAAGAAAACACCAAGUAACACAGACGGACAAAUGUGCGAUCACAGAUGAAGACAAAUCUGUACCACAGACACAGAUAAUGCCACAGCAAUUUAAAAUCACAAACCAGCCAAACAUGAAACCUGUGCUGGACAAGAUUUGCUACUCAAUAAAGUCAAUCAGACAAAUCAUACAAAACAAACGUCCAUCCUGUUUGGAAAAGUCUAACAGCCUGCCUGACUUCUCCGCUCAUGUAGCCUCUACAUUUGGCUCAUCAUCUAAAGCUCUCCUUGCAUUUUUGUGCAUCACGACUCUAAAAGAAGGCAAGACCAACUUUAAUAAGGAUGAUCCAAGUCUAAGCAAUGUCAGCUGUGCUGAUGCAUUGAAAAUGAUUGAGUGUCUGAGAGAAAUAGCCAGCAUUGAAGAUUCCCACAAGUUAAGAGAUAGUUUGUCACAUUUAAAGCAAUCCACUUCGAAGCAGCUCCUGCAAAGUUGGAAGGGCUUUCAGGAACUUAGUGAUAAAUGUAAGAGUCGCAGCAGCUCAGAGGAAGGUCACAUCAUAGCAGCUAGUCCAAAAAAUGACUAUGACAUUGAAGAAAAUGUUAUCAAUCAGAUUAUUGAUAGCCUCGACAUACCUGAGAAGCUCAAGGACGAAUUAGCUUUACUUUCAGAAGUCAAAACUCAGAGUGACGAGGAAAUGAAUGUCGAUGUGCCGUCCAUCAUUGAAAAAUGUGCAAACAUAAAUCAGCCAAACAAAUCAGAUGAGAAUAGUCAGUUAAGGCAGAGUGAUGUGGCCAGAAGUCCACCAAUUGGAGAAGAUCAGAAUAACAGGCAGCUUUAUGAUGCAGAGAACAGGGAGUCCUUCAGUUCAUGUAAAGAAGAAAAUGUGGGUGAGAAAAACCAGCAGGAACAUGAAUCAGGUCGAGACACGACAAACAAAAAUGGAGAAGUCAGCUGCAAGAGAGACCUUGAAAAUCCUGAGGUGGAGCGUAGGCAGCUCAAGAUGCAGAGUGAAGAUUUCCCCACUGAGGAUGAGGAGGGGAAGAACUUUUCAAGUGCUACUAAAGACGUAGAGAGCAGUAAGAAAAGUAUGUACGGCUCAGAAAUACUUGAGGAGCAUAGUUCAGAAGAGGAGCGAGUCAAAGGUGAGGAGAUAAAACAAGAGAGAGAUGAAGACUCGUCUUACAGUGACAGUCACUCUCAGGAGGAAGAGAACAAGCAGCUGUGCUCUGAUGACUAUGAAGAGCUGAAUGUUGGCAGGAGGGACAGAAUCUUCAGUCCAGAUAGUGCAAACCUAUCUCUAUCAGAGGAGGAAACACAAGAAGUGAAUUGUAAGACGCUGUGUGAGAAAGAACCAACAAGUCAAAAACCACAAUUAAAUGUCAGGGUUGAUCAAAGCACAGGUAACUCAGAUGUGGAAGAGCCAAAUUAUUCAGAGGACGAACAGUCAGAGUUUGAAUGUGAGGAAAGAGAGGUUAGAAUUGAGGAAAGUUUGCCUGGCACUGAGGGAGAAGAGAGCAUCAGCGAGGAGGAAUGUCUUCAACGUCGGUCAGAUCUUGAGGAAGCUAUGGUAACAAGUAAAAAGCUUAAAGCUUUGAUUGAAGAGGCUGAGGAGGACAAGGUUCAUUCAGAGGAUGAGAAACAUUGUACUGACAAAGUACAAAUCUGUGACACAAAAACAGUCAAGCCUGUAAAUGGAGAUCAAAGCAAUAUCAAUGAAAAACAGGAUUCAUAUAACAAAAAGGACAGUUUAGCUAGACAUUAUAGAUGUAAUGUCAAUGAGGACAGUGGAAAUGAUCACUGUAGUUACGAAGAGCAAGUAGAUAUCGAGCAGAAAAUGACCUCAGAUAAGCAAAUCAGGAGCUUGGCUGAGGAGGAUUUAAGCUACUAUGAGAAAGAGUCAAGCUCAAAGACGAAAGAUGCCAAUAUGGACAGAGACAUGAGGCAAAGCUAUAAAGAAUAUCAGGAAACUCCUGUAUUACAGACAAAGUUUGAAGUUAAAAUAUGUGAUGACAUAAAAAAAGUCAACCAUCACCCGGAUGAAAUAAUAUGCCAGUCUGUUGCAGAGAGGGUGAGUCUUCUAGAAAAGCAAGUUGCAAAUGGAGGGAGGAAAGAAAAAGUUCCAGAGAGUUCUGCGAUCAGACGUUUAUCUCAAAGAAAUGAGAUGGAGUCCGAUGUUGGGGACUCGUCCUCUGAAUCUCCCACAUCUCAGUCGACUCUCUGCACCCGAUCAGCUCCUCAGUCGUCGUUAUCUUUCAGCUAUGACUCCAGUGGAGUUAUAACCAGUGAGCCUGAAGGCAACAGGGUCAGAUCCAUCAGGGAAAUGUUCUUAGCAAAGAGUGCCACAGACAUUCAGCAAGGACACAGACGAUUCCAGAGCCCAAAGGAGUUGAGGACAGACACUUCAGUUAGUGGCGGCUAUCAGUCUCAGACUUCGACUGAGCUGUCCAGCUGUGAAGAUGAUUCACCACGGAAAUCUAUCACCAAAGGGUUUGUGAGGAGAACAAUUGAAAGGCUGUAUGGCAAGAAAGAUGCUGAUCCUGAUGAGGAGGCAAAUGAAAGACCACCAUCCGCACCAAAGCAGAAAAAGAAUGAACAUUCAAGCAUCUUCUCUCCCUUCCACACAGCACGGUCAAAGAAAACGUCUGACUUGUCUUACUUCAGUUCCACAAAUGCAUUCGACACAUUAACUGAAGCGACACGAUGCGUUUCUUUUAACACACAAGUUGCACCCGAAGACGACAAUGAACGGUGGCUCCUCAGAGAGAACAUGCUGAUCAGAAAAUCAGUUUCAGACCCAGUGGGAAUAAAUACAGCAUUUAUAAACUCUCCUCAGGACGUGGACAUGAGUGAGGAUACAGAGCAAAAUGUGCAAAUGCCCCAGUCCAGUACACAGUCUCAACAUAGAGACAAGGAAAAGUCACUUUCAAAGAAGUGCACCUACUUCUCUUUGCCACAUGCUAGUGACUCGGACGCGUGUCAGGACGACCCGGGUACAUGUAGCAGGAGCGGUGUGAACGGUGACAGCAUCAUGGACACAAAAGACAACUCAGAGGACAUUAAAGUGUGUGCAGAGAAGAAUGGCAAGCUGCCUCAAGGUGUUGGUGUCUCUGAUUUUAAAAUGAGGGACAAUAAAGUUCACCCACUGGUCGAGGUUCCCUCUGAUGGUGAAGUUGUAGUGGUGCAGCCUGGGAAAGGUCAAGGUGUCAUGAACAGGCGGCCCCAGGAGCCUGAUAUGUUGGAUUUACUGUAUAACUUUUGUGGUCAGCACUGUCCCAUCCUGUGAGGACAUUUCUUUACUGUUUAUACAAAGUGUACAUUGUUAGGCUACAGUAUUUGAACUUAUUUUUGGUGCCUACAGUUUGAUGUUGCCAUAGCCUUGGCAUAAAACACUAUCAUAUGUCAACUCUGUUGAGCUAACUGCUGAAGGCAUCACAUUGUGCGACACAAGCCAAAUGGCUUAAAUUUUAUUCGUGUUUGACCGUGUACGUCGCGAGCCUGCGAUACAAUUUGUUAGUUCAUGCUCUUUGUUCGGUGUAAAAAUAGUGAGCGUGUUUGUUUUUCUAGCACCACACUUACGGUGCAUUUGCCAUGCACACUCCAGAGCAGCUCUUUUCUUCUUAUAGGGUGCCUGUCAACAAAAUAAGUACCCAGAGCUUUACUGUAAUCUCAUUUUAAAACUAUUAAAACAGAUCAAGUCCCCGCAGAUGUCAGGCAACCAGGCCAAUCCCCCACAGUACAAGGGAAAGGGUUAGCGAAUGGUCGCAGCUCGGGUUCGCCCUUGAGUUCAUGACAAAAUGGUGCCGUUUUACCCAACUGAUUAUGAACAGGAUUAUGUGGAUAUUAUAGAAUCUGAUGAUAAAUACUACAUUUUAUAUUGUAUAUUGGUUGUGUAAAGUGUAAAGAAGAUAUUUAUUAUAGGUAUAUAGGUUAUGAUUACAUUUAGAACACGUUUUUUUUAAUCGUAUGGCAGCUGUACAUUUCUCCUAAAAUUGACGUGUAAGAAUAAACGUGAAUUUACAAAUGCU